UUGGGAUUACUUCUCAAUACAAGCUACUUCUCAGCUAAAAAGCCAUGAAAGCAGAUGGUGGGGAAUGCAGCUGAUGUUGGCCUUAAAGCAAGUGGCAUGUGUUGAGGUCCGUGGCAGCAGGAUGGCCCCAUGACAUAUUUCUUACAGCUUAGAUGCACCAGAUCGCAUUCCUGCUGACACGUAAAGCCCUUCUCCACAGCUCUGGCAGUGCUAAUUGCUGGGACAGCCUAAUCUUUUCCUAAACCCUUCCUGUGCUGUAAUGCUGGCCAAAACCUUGGAGUUUUGUGUGGAAGGCGUGAGCAUGUUGACAUAGGGUCUGUGGUGCUCAUCAGCAUCACCUCCUGCCCUUUGUCUGCCUUCCUGGUAUCUUAUACAUCUGGGUUUUAUGGAGGAGGAGAAGGAAAGGUGGUCUCUCUAGCACAGUCUCGAAGCAAGUGCUGUGUAGGCAAUGUGUGGCUGCUGUGUGUGUUCCUACUCGCUCAUCAGCUUCAGAGGUGUAAAUCUGGAAGAUGCAGAAAGUACUUGCAGGUUUUGUGGCUGGGCAGUGGGGCACUGCUGCCAGGCAGGGAACAGUCACAUCACAGACUUCACCCUUUGUUUUAGCAAGCAGAGGGUCCAUGUAGGAAAAAGAAAUGAGUGGUGCCCAGGCUACAGAAAUGCUGCAGUCGUGUUGCACCUUCUCGCAUGUGGGAGAUUGAAAGAGGACAGAGCAGCUUGUGGGAAGCAGGAUCCUAGAGCUGAGUUCAUGCAAGGACUGGCUGGGCAGCAUGUGAUAUGAUAUGGUGUGACAUGUCCCCGUAAUCCUGAUAUGGAACUUGAUAACAGAAGUCUUUAGUUCACUUUAAAAGCCCUUCUGUAGCACUAGUGCAGGACAAUAAGGUCUUAGUUGAAAUCAGAACCAGUGAGAAAUUACCUUGCAAAUUACUUUCUCCCUGAUUUGUUUCUGUAUUCAUUUAUUAAUUACAUAGCUCGGUUCUCUUCAGCCCACGGUCCCAAACCUACUUGAGGAAGGGAGAUUCUGCAAAAUGCCCUUAGAUGAAAGCUGGUUUGAUACCAGCCCAGUAAGGAAAGAGAUAUUCCCUGAGCAAGGAGGAUGUUUUCCUGUCAAUGUAGCAUUCAAAUUUAGCUUCUGCCACUGUAGGCAACGUGGCAUUAGAAGAAGGAGCUUAAGUUAUUAAACUGAGCUGCUUUAAUCAUCCAGUUCAGGGAAAUCCAUUGCUACAGGAGACCUGAGGAUUAAUGUAUUUUUACCGCAAAGCCAAUACAUCUAUUCUGAUCAGUUAGUGAUUGCUCACUCGAGCAUAUGAAACUUCAUUCUCCGGGUUUGCACUCAAUAGCAUGGGACCAAAUGGAGUUUUAUUUGGAGAUUGACCCUGUUACCUUGAAUCUCAUAAUUCUGGUAGCUAGUUAUGUUAUUUUGCUUCUGGUUUUCCUGAUCUCCUGUGUGCUCUAUGACUGCAGGGGGAAGGAUCCCAGCAAGGAAUAUGCUCCCGAGGUCCCUGCAGACACCCAGCCUCCGAUCCGGUUGGUGGUGAUGCAGCAGGGCUCCCCCAGCACCCGCUGGGCAAAGGGGUUCAUCUCUGCCUACGAGAAUUCCUCUGAUCUGCCAGGGAAAAGGACUACUGUUGUGUAAGGGGACCUUGCCUCGGAGCUCGGGUUUCUGCUGAUCCGCUUGCCUGCUCUGCUAUGUUUACUCUCCGUGUGCAGAAGGAUAACGUGUUCACAAGGUGUUUGAUGGACUAAAGUUCGCAUCUCUUGAAAGGAAGGAAAAUGCUUUCUUUGUCCUCCAGGUAAAGCGCAAACGGACAGAGACAAGAGGAUUGUUGAUCCUGUAGCCACAGAAGUGGCUGCAGUGUUAUCUAGCUGUUCCCAAGCACAGCCAGCUCAGGUCCUGCUCUGUCCCCAUCAGGCUGGGCUGCAAAACUCACCUGAGAAGCUGGGGAGACGCUGCCUGGGUUGGUUCCUGCUGUGUUCCAUGCUGGCAGAGGCACUUUGUCACUUGUGGCCAAACCAGAUUUUAAAACUUAUCUGGCUACAGGGAAUUUGUGGCUUAAAUUGUUUUUUCUACCCAAACAUGCUGUGAUCAAGCAAAAAUCUGAAAUUUCUUUUCUGAAAUCCAGAGAUGUAUAAUGCCAGCUUCCUGUGUCCCUCUGGUUAACACAGAGUUACUGUGUGUGGUACUCUUUAACUGCUGAAUUUUAACUGGUUAUUAAGGGAAAAAUAGUGCUGGACCCACACAGUUCAAGAUAUUUGUCCCCUAUGCUAUUUUACAUCAUCCUAAUGUGAAGUACCCUCAGAAUCCUAUAGAAAGCUUCAGUAAACAUGCUGAGAUUUAUUACCUGCCUACAUCAGGUGUCAUGGAUGACUCACUGGACGCAGUGGUCCUACUGCCUUCAGCACAGGCAUUUUAAAUACUUCCAGAAAUAAACUGCAGUGAAUUCAAACCGCAAUCGA